AUUUUGGCCGGGGUUGAGGAAGGAUGGAAGCCAGGAUAUUAAUAAAUUUGCUUCUCAUAAUAAUCCUGCAUUUAGCAAAGUCGCAGAGACAUGAGAGGCCAAGUGGUUAUUAUCACCAUCGCCAGGAUUCAUCACAUAAAGAAAAAAUGGAUGUUAGAUUUGGGGUGAAAAAAUAUGUUACAUAUCUAAUACCCUUAACCUACCAUAUGCUAAAUGCGAAAGUAGCUGAUUUUCAGAAAGAUAGUGAAAAACCAUUAUUUAAUUCAUAUCAUGGUUACAAAACGUUAGGAAACGUAUUUCCUCGACAUAUUGCAAAUCAAGCCACAAAGACGAAAAAUGAAGAUGUAGGCCGUGCAAACAAAGGAAAUGUCAAAUUUAAUGGUCCAACGUAUGAGGUCAUCAAACAUAUUAACUGUAAAAUAAACACUCCACUGUGUCCCUUCCUACAGAAAAAAAGCCAAAGUAAGAUUCAUAAUAAAUUAUAUUAUGAUAUGGCGAAAUGGGCAGUCAAAAAAUUUUUGCCAAUAGAAAAAGGGCAAUUUGAAAAAACUGCUUAUAAAAAUAAAAAAUUUAUUGAGAAAUUAAUUACAGAAGGGAAGAACAUAAUAAAUAUUGGAACUGAACAGACCAAAGGAUUGAUUGGUUUUGCGAUAAAACCAAUGAAAGAAAUAAAUGGAAAAGAUGACAUAAAAGAAAUGUACAAUGAAAAUCAGCCCACUGAAAAAGUUAACCGAUUUAAUAUUGAAGUACAACCCGUAAGCAAGCCACAUGAAGUCACUGUAGCUCAGUUUAUUUUAAACCAGCAUAAGAACAAAAUAGAGGAAGAAGCAAAACUUGACCAUGCACAGAAUGGCUCAUUAAAAAUCAGGAAUAAUUUUUACAACACAACAAAUGAAGAAUUGACAAAAGAUAAAGCAAACAUAGAUGUACAACAGAAUAGAAAAUCUCCAGUUGAAUACUUCGUUAUUGAACUUGCGGACAAAGGUGAAAGAACAUUUAAUGAAAGUCUGGAAGGAGCAGUAAUUAAUAAUGGAAAAACAUAUGAAAAAUCACAAGAAAACAAUGCUACAAAUGAUCUUCAUAAAACAAAAGAUAAUACUCUUAAAGUUCUUCAAACAGUAUUAAAUGUGAAUGAACGUGAAAAAAUUAAUACUGAGACAGAUUUUAAUAAACAACAAUUAAGAAGAAUUGUCAACAAUCAGAGUCAUCAUGCUGAAGAAGAAAUUAUUUCACAUAGUCCUUCUAUGGUGACUAACAUCAAGGAUAAUAAUCCAAAAGAUGCAGAUAACAUUAAAAUUGACAUAUCUUCCGAACAGACUGAGAUUCAGAAGAAUCUUGAAGAAGAUACAAUUUUAAUAAUUGAAAAUGUUGCAGUAGAUUCCAACAUUAAAAAUAUGAAUGGGAGUGAUUAUACUGAAAUGGAAAUUAGUAUUAUUGAUACAUCUCAUCUAGAAAAUGGUAGUAUUGUACCAUUAGAAAAAGAAAAAGUUGCUAUUAUUGAAAAUUUUCCCAAUGAAAAUCCACAACCCACUAUUAUAAAAAUAGAAGUUGACAAUGCUGAGAGCGAUGUAGCAAGAGAUGCCACUAAAGAUGAAUUUACUGAACAUGCUGACGAACAUAAAAGUGACCCUACUGAAGCCGAACGAGUGGUUAAUAUUGAGAAUGGAUCCGUUGUUGUUUCAAGUAAAAUGAAUGAAAAUGAACACAAGAUUUUGAAAAAGGAUAGUGAUAAUAGAGAUCAACUGCAAGUAGAAAUGGCAAAGAAUGAUGAAGAAAUAACUCUCAAAGAAAAAACAGAAAUUGUGAGUGAAGGUACUUCACAAUUUACAUUGGAUACCGAUAUACAUAAAAGUGAGCUUACCGAGGCAGAACGAACAGCAGACAUUGAGAAUGGGUCUGAAAUUUUUGAAGGUAGAACUAUUGAAAAUGAAGAUAAACUUUUAACAGAAAACAAUAAUAAUUUAGAACAACCUGCAGGAGAAAUGUCUGUUAAAAAGGUUGACUUAGCGACUGAAAAUAAAAAAAUCGCUAUUGAAGAUAUUCCUGAAAUUGCAGGCAAUUCUCUCAUUACUAAACCCAUUGAAGAUGUUGGAAAUGACUACAGUUUUAAAAGUUUAAACAUUGAAAACGAGCACCAAAUUUUAAUAGAAAAUGAUAAUAAUGUGGAACUGCUCGAAGGUGAAGUGACUACUGAAAAAAAUGAAAAUAUGCCCGAAAACAAAGAACUUAUAAUCGGAGAUGUUCCAGAAAGAAAUUCCGUCAUUACUAAAAGCCAGUCUAAUGAAACAGAAAGAGUAAUCAAUGUUGAGAAUGAAUUUGUAGUUUUUAAAAGUAUAAAUGAUGCAAAUGAACACAAAAUUGAAACAGAAAUCAAUAACAAAAUGGAGCUGGCUGUAGGUGAAAUAACUGAUGAAAUGGAUGAAAGAGAAGCAGAAACAGUAACAGUUGAUGUCAAAGGUGUUUCUGAAUUGGUGUUUUCUGGCAAAAAUCAAAGUGAGCCGCUAGAAUCUAGAACAGUAGACAAUAUCGAGAAAAAUUUAUAUAUUGAAAAUCAACACAAAAACAUAUUACAGAAUGGUAACAAUGAGGAACAGUUCACAGUUGAAAAGGAUCAACCAGCUGAAGAGAAAACUAUUGAUUUCAAAAUUGAUACUGAACUGUCAGUGUAUUUCAACAAAAGUCAAGAUCUACAUAAAGGGUUAAUUUUUGACUAUCAACAAAAAACUAUGUCAGAGGGUGAGAAUAAAGAAGGGCAGCCUACAGUACAAUUACUUAUUGGUGAGAAUGCAAAAGAUAUAGAAGAAGAAGAGAAAACUAAUACCAUCCAAGAAGUUUCUGAUGAAGGUGGACAACUUGAAUCUGGAAUUUUAGUCAACCCUGAGAAAGAUUUACUUGAUGAAGUCAAAAGUAUACCAACUGGAAAUGAAGAAAACAUUGCGGAGAAAAAGGAGCUGCCUUCAGCAGAAAUAAUUCUGGAAAAUGAUGAAAAGGAUAUCACAGCAGAAGAGAAAACUAUUACGAUCCAAGAUUUUCCUGAUGGAGGUGGACAACUCGAAUCUGGAUUUUUAGUCAACCCUGAGAAAGAUUUACUUGAUCAAGUCAAAGGUGUACCAACUGGAAAUGAAGAAAAUGUUGCAUUGGAGAAUGAGGAGCUGUCUCCAGAAGAAGUAAUUGUGGAAAAUGAUGAAAACGAUAUAACAGCAGAAGAAAAAACUAUUACCACCCAAGAUGUUCGUGAUGAAGGUGAACAACUUGAAUCUGGAAUUUUAGUCAACCCUGAGGAAGAUUUACUUGAUCAAGUCAAAAGUGUACCAACUGAAAAUGAAGAAAACAUUGCCCUGGAGAAAAAAGAGCUGCCUCCAGCAGAAAUAAUUCUAGAAAAUGAUGAAAAGGAUAUAACAGCAGAAGAGAAUACUUUUGCGAUCCAAGAUGUUCCUGAUGGAGGUGGACAACUUGAAUCUGGAAUUUUAGUCAACCCUGAAGAUUUACUUGAUCAAGUCAAAAGUAUACCAAUUGAAAAUGAAGAAAACAUUGCCCUGGAGAAAAAGGAGCUGCCUCCAGCAGAAAUAAUUCUAGAAAAUGAUGAAAAGGAUAUAACAGCAGAAGAGAAAACUAUUACCACCCAAGAUGUUCGUGAUGAAGGUGAACAACUUGAAUCUGGAAUUUUAGUCAACCCUGAAGAUUUACUUGAUCAAGUCAAAAAUAUACCAACUGAAAAUGAAGAAAGCAUUGCCCUGGAGAAAAAGGAGCUGCCUCCAGCAGAAAUAAUUCUAGAAAAUUAUGAAAAGGAUAUAACAGCAGAAGAGAAAACUAUUACCAUCCAAGAUGUUCCUGAUGGAGGUGAACAACUUGAAUCUGGAAUUUUAGUCAACCCUGAGGAAGAUUUACUAGAUCAAGUCAAAAGUAUACCAAUUGAAAAUGAAGAAAACAUUGCCCUGGAGAAAAAGGAGCUGCCUCCAGCAGAAAUAAUUCUAGAAAAUGAUGAAAAGGAUAUAACUGCAGAAGAGAAAACUAUUACCACCCAAGAUGUUCCUGAUGGAGGUGGACAAUUUGAAUCUGGAAUUUUAGUCAGCCCUGAGGUAGAUUUACUUGAUCAAGUCAAAAGUGUACCAACUGAAAAUGAAGAAAACAUUGCCCUGGAGAAAAAGGAGCUGCCUCCAGCAGAAAUAAUUCUAGAAAAUGAUGAAAAGGAUAUCAUAGCAGAAGAGAAACGUAUUACGAUCCCAAAUGUUCCUGAUGGAGGUGAACAACUUGAAUCUGGAAUUUUAGUCAACCCUGAGAAAGAUUUACUAGAUCAAGUUAAAAGUAUACCAACUGAAAAUGAAGAAAACAUUGCCCUGGAGAAAAAGGAGCUGCCUCCAGUAGAAACAAUCAUGGAAUAUGGUGAUGAGAAUAUAACAGCAGAAGAGAAAACUAUUACGAUCCAAGAUGUUCCUGAUGGAGGUAGAAAACUUGAAUCUGGAUUUUUAGUCAACCCUAAGAAAGAUUUACUUGGUCAAGUCAAAAGUAUACCAACUGAAAUUAAAGAAAAAAUUUUACUAGAGAAAAACAAGACUAAGGAACAUCCCACAAUUGAAAAUAUAUCAGCAGAAGUAAAAACUAUUGACAGAGUUUCUGAAUAUUCUAAUGAAAAACAAGGUGAACUGCUUGAAUCAGGUAUAGCAGACAAUAUCAAAAAAGAUUUCCAAGACACGAUCAGAAGUAUUAGCGUUGAAAAUCCACAUAAAAUUUUAUUGGAGAAUGAUAAGAAUGAGCCCACAGUUGAAAAAGAAAUAACAACAGAAGAAAAAACUACUGGCGAAAGUGAACCUGAAUUGUCAGUAAAAUCUGACAUCACUGAGCCAAUUGAAUAUGGGCAAGAAGCUAAUACUGAGAAAGAUUUCCAAGCUAAGAUCGAAACUAUUGUAAUUCAACAAAAAAUUGAAUCAGAUAAAAAUGAGGAACAGUCUACUGCAGAAAAGGAUUAUAAAGAUAUAUCAAAAGAAGAAAAAUCUAUUAACAUUGAAUUGUCUUACUUAAACCACACUGAACCAUUUAAAUCAGAAGAGAAAACAGACACACCUACUACCACAGAUUCUGAUGUAAUACACAAUGCUGUGAAUAAGGAACAAAUUAAAACUGACAAUUUUAUGAAUGGACUUAAAAAUAUUGUUAACAAUGAUACUGAAGGUGAAAGGAAGACCCUAAUAGAGGAUAUUAUUGAGAAACAGCACACAAAUAAAACUGAUAGUGUGCUUCAAGCAAAUGUAAGGAAACUCAAUUUGUUUGAACAUUUUGCUGAUAUAGCUACAAGGAGCAAGGAUGAAAGGAAUGGAACUGAAAACUCCUAUAGCAAUACUCAAAAUCAAAUAACCAUAAAUGGUACUAAUGAGGAAACCAUCGCAGAUUUGCAACUAGAUUAUUCAGAACAAAGUCAAUUUAAUGAAGAAAAAGCCUUUAUGGCUACGGGUUUUCCAGAACCGGCAAAAUCAAUUAACUCAUCUGAUAUUACAAAAUUAGAACACCUUACACAAACAAUAAGUAAUAGAACUUUUAUUCCAGCGGAAAAGAAUAACCAACUUAAAACCCCAUAUGCAGAAAGGAAACAUAUUGAUUAUAGUAAAAAGUGGUUGACCAUACAAUUUGAAAAUAAAACUUUUGGAAGUACCAAAAAACGACUUGAAGAAGAAAAGAUUAAAAAUUCUGAAGGUGAUCAUGAAGUAAAAUUAUAUGAAUCCAAAACUAUUAUACGUCAUAAUGACAAGUCUGAGCCAACUGAAGUUCCAACCAAUAUGGAAGACGAUAAGAAAGAAAAAACUUUGGACACCCACAAUAAACCCUUUAAAAUGGAUAUUUUUAGGGCAGAAAACCAAAACCUAAAAGAAAAUGAAAAUAAUCAUUCAGAAAUUAUAGAAACGUUAGAUCAGAAAGGGCCAACAGAGCUGGACAUCAUAGAAGAAGAGAAUAAAUCACCGAUAAAAAGACGUCAUGUUCGCUCUCGUUCAGUGGAAGAUGAUCGUUCUGUGGAAGAAGGUUUAUUACCAUCUUUAACGAUUAAAGAUAUGUCAGACAGUAAUAUGACCGAAAACAUGAGGUCAUUUUUAAACCAAUUGGAUAAGGAUUCUAUCUUAGAUGUUAUUAGUUCCAUGAAACGAGACCAUCUUGCUAAAGCAAAGCCAGAAGAUAAACAAUUUUUAGAAGAAACAUUUGAAAAACUCAGGCUCUCGGUUCUAAACAUGGAUCAGGACAGCGAUAUGACUAACUUAAACCGCAAAGCACACAUGCUAACUGAUACUGGUUCAGUUUUAGGGCUUUUAGCUGAGGAAUCAUCAAUAGUAAAAUCAACUGAGGACUAUGAUUCUUAUUACUACAGUGAUGCAUCACAGGAAGAAAGUGAUGAAGCUGAGCCAUCCUUUCUUGAAAUGCUUUCUAUCGCAAGCAGACACAAGGAAAAACACUUUUCUCCCAAAAACCAAUAAUUUUUUUUAAUAUAUUGAUUUGUGACA